UAUUCAAUAAAAAGGAGGGAAAGAUGAAUAAAUAUGAGUGUAUGAGUACAUGUUGAUUUUUUGGUUAUCCAAACCAAAACCAAUAAAGACCUUAAUGAUUUUGAUUUUUGGGAUUUGGUUUUUGGUUUUUCAUACUUAAUGGUUUGAUUAACCAAACCACCAAACCAAACCAAAUUGACAGCCCAACCAUACGGUCAUUAACCCCAAAACCAAUUAUCAAAGGAAACCCCAGUCGUUCUCUCUCCCCCAUUCCCCUCUCGGUGGUUCGUCAACGUUCCUAGUGCAAAUCAACCUCUCCUUCUGAUCCUUCCAUUGAUUCUGCCGCUUCAAGUCGCGCCAACCGCGUCCCGUCUUCGGGAGCUCGGAGGAUUUCCCAGUGAAAGGGAUUGCGGCUGCAGGCCAUUGUGGUUUGAGAUCCAAUCUCCCCUACUCCGGCCUGACAAUUUCCCGAUUCUGUAUCGUUUCAGCUUGCUCAAUUCUGAAUCGAUUGCAUGAUCACUGCUGAAUGCGGCGAGAUUAGUAAUGUCGGUUUGAUCGAGCCAGCUGGGUUCUGACUUAAGAGGCCAGUUCAUUGAAUUGGAAUUCGGAUUUAAUUGGCAAUUUUGCUCGUCUAACUCGAUUUGAAUUGAUUCUGUGAGUUCAUCGCUUGUGUCGUUGGUUGUUGUUAUUGUUCAAGCUGAAGUAGAACCAAAAUGGCGCAAAGUAAUUGGGAGGCAGAUAAGAUGCUUGAUGUGUACAUAUACGAUUAUUUGGUGAAGAAGAAGUUGCAUAAUACCGCAAAGUCCUUCAUGACUGAAGGGAAAGUUUCCCCUGAUCCUGUAGCUAUUGAUGCUCCAGGAGGGUUUCUAUUUGAGUGGUGGUCUGUGUUUUGGGACAUAUUUAUAGCUAGGACAAAUGAGAAACAUUCCGAGGCUGCAGCUGCAUAUAUAGAGGCACAACAAAUAAAGGCAAAGGAACAACAGCUGCAAAUGCAACAGUUACAGUUGAUGCGUCAAGCACAGAUGCAACGUGGAGGUCCUAAUACUUCAGCACUUGGAGGUCAGGUCAAUGCCAUCGGUUCCGAGGGUAUGUUGGGGCAACCAAAUGCGAGCGCAUUAGCUGCGAAAAUGUAUGAAGAUCGUAUGAAACACUCGAAUCAAAUGGACUCUGAAACAUCUCAACCUCUUCUUGAUCCAAGGAUGGCCUUCCUAAAAUCUGCAUCCAACAACCCUGGCCAGUUGGUCCAAGGAAAUCCUGGGAGUGUCUCCGCAGCAUUGCAGCAAAUCCAAGCACGAACCCAGCAGACCAACGACAUAAAAGGUGAAGUCAACCUUGGGGCUGCUCAGAGAUCUUUGCCAAUGGAUCCUUCUUCUAUAUACAGUCAAGGAAUUAUGCAAUCAAAACCUGGGAUGGGAAAUGCAGGAUUGAACCCUGCUGUUAGUGGUCUUCCAUUGAAGGGAUGGCCGUUAACUGGAAUUGAGCAGAUUAGACCAAAUUUAGGUCCACAAGCUCAAAGGCCUCCUAUUUUACAAAGUCAGUUCCAACUCCUGCCACAGCAGCAGCAACAACAGCUCUUGGCACAGGUCCAAGUUCAAGGCAAUUUGGCUGGUUCACAGAUUUAUGCUAACAUGGAUCCACAAAAGUUAAGAGGAUUGCCUAGAGGUGCCUUGAAUCCCAAAGAUGGCCAGCAAAAUGGAAACGAUGGAUCCAUUGGUUCUCCAAUGCAAUCAACUUCAUCAAAACAGAUGAAUGGACCACCAAUGCAGCAAUCAUCAUCUCAACAACUGGAUCCUUUGCAACCACAGCAACCGCAGCAGAGUAACCGGAAGAGGAAAGGACCUUCAUCUUCUGGACCUGCUAAUAGUACUGGCACAGCAAACACAGUUGGACCUAAUUCUCAGCCAUCAACACCAUCAACGCAUACUCCUGGUGAUGGAAUUACUGCUCCCAACAAUAUGCAGCAUGUCAGUAACAUGUCCAAAGGCAUGAUGAUGUAUGCUGCGGAUGGUGCUGGAGCUCUUGCAUCAUCCACCAAUCAGCUGGAAGACAUAGAGAACUUUGGAGAUGUUGGAGAUGUUGAAUCUUUCCUAUCGCAGGAGGAAGGAGAUGGAAGAGAUUUAUUUGGUACAUUAAAGAAGAACCCCUCUGAGCAUGCUGAAGCUUCAAAGGGUUUUUCUUUCAAUGAAGUUGGUUCUAUACGUGAAAGCAAUAGCAAAGUUGUCUGCUGUCAUUUCUCUACAGAUGGCAAGUGGUUAGCUAGUGCUGGUCAUGACAAGAAGGUUGUUCUUUGGAAUAUGGAAACCCUGAAAACUGAGAGUACUCCUGAAGAUCAUACCCACAUCAUAACUGAUGUGCGGUUUAGGCCAAAUUCAACCCAGCUGGCAACAUCUUCAUUUGAUACAACUGUGAAACUUUGGGAUGCAGCAGAGCCAAGAUACCCGCUGCAGUCCUAUACGGGACACACCUCUCAUGUGAUGUCCCUUGACUUCCAUCCAAGGAAGUAUGACCUUUUCUGCUCCUGUGACGGUAAUAACGAGAUUCGGUUCUGGAACAUGAAUCAGUAUUCUUGUGUUCGCGUAUCCAAGGGAGGUACAGCACAAGUUAGGUUUCAGCCAAGAACUGGACAACUACUGGCUGCUGCAGCAGAGAAUGUUGUGUCCGUCUUUGACGUUGAGACUGACAGACAGACUCACUCUUUGAAGGGGCAUGCCACCGAGGUGCACUCUGUUUGCUGGGAUAUCAAUGGAGAAUUCUUGGCAUCUGCAAGUCAGGAAUCUGUCAGGGUCUGGUCAUUGGCCUCCGGAGAGUGCGUUCAUGAACUUACUUCCAGUGGGAACAAGUUCCAUUCUUGUGUUUACCACCCAACCUUCUCGACUCUCUUAAUCAUUGGGAGCUAUCAGUCAAUGGAGCUGUGGAACAUGGCAGAGAACAAGUGCAUGACAGUUCCAGCUCACAACUGUGUCAUAUCAGCUCUGGUAGCAUCUCCUGUUACAGGGAUGAUUGCCUCUGCAAGCCAUGACAAAUGUGUUAAGAUCUGGAAGUAGGCUUGCUGCUUGCUUGGUCUAGCAACUGCUCCCGUCCCCUUUCGCUUGGAAUGGUUCCCGUCUUGAGACUCAAAUCCACCCUUCAUUUUCAGCCGCUGACAAUUUUUCUUCAAGAAAGCAGAGAACAAAAAGAAGAAAAGAAUCUUAUUACGACCCAGAAAGAGCAAUACAUGUAAUGUAAUAUCAGGUGUCCUUUAUUCCCAUUGAUUUAGUGUUCUUCUUGUGCAAUAAGGACCGGUGGGGGAUGUAAGUAUCCUCUCCUCUUAGGUUGCAUUGCCUGGAGAUUUUAGUUCACCCGUUCUCUGUGUAAAAUGUUUCUCGAUGAGUUUUGCUCUAAAUAGAGAUAUGAUGUUUCACUAUGUUUCUUUCACAUACGAAAAAAAGUGGUUGAAUUUUGUGUAUCCUUUUUCUCCACGAUCAAGUUCUAGUUGUGUGAUUUACUGUUUUCUUUCUCCCCAACACUAUCCAGUACUAACGGGAACCAAAAACAACUGGGUUGUAGGUUUAACGUUUCUUCAAGACACUGCAUGAAGUUUCCAGUAAUGAAGAGCCUCCUAUCCAGGUACAGUACUGCAAGUUGCAACGAGCCAGAGUCAGAACCAGUCGUUCUCAGACCUCCAAUUGUUGCUGAAAUAGUGGAGGCCCCUUUAGCCUAGGUGGUAAAGCUGGUCCCUUCGGCGAGUCGGGAUGCAAGUCAGUCGUCACGCAAUCUCAAUGUUCUGUAUAUUUGAUUUAGGAGUUAUGUUAGUAUGAGACACUCAUGAAGAAAUCUUAACGUCAUAAUUAAAGAUGAGCAACAACAUAAAUGUAAAGUUUAACAUGGGUUGAGAAGGGAUCUAAUAAGCGACUAGGCGUAUGAAAUUUGAAGUCUGAACUCCCAAUCUGGUGAAUGUAUUGCCUCUUCAUAUAUCAAGUCUUGAUAUGAGAUAUAUCCGAUACAAUUUCAAACGAAAAUUCGAUUUGAAUUAUUUCUUUUAAUCUUUUCUAUUUUCAAUGUUAUUGACAAGAUUUUUGAGGGUUAGAACACCAAUUAUUUCAUUAUUUGGCGAACAAAUGCUUGAUCUUGUGAUAAUAUUACUAACGUUGAACCUAAAAGUCAUAUGUUCGAAUCCUUCAAUAGCACAUAAUUCUAAAAAUCAACAUAUGUCACCCUUAUAAAAAAUAGUUCAUGUAAUAAUAUAUUUCACGGUAGAUAAAAUAAAAAAGGGUAAAUACAAUUUAAUACCCAAAUAUUUUAUUUUAAACAAAAUAAUAACCAAACCUUUUUUAAAAUAAAUUAUCAGCCAAAUCGUUAACUUUUCGUCUGGUCAAUCGUCAGUUGACUCCGAUGUGGAAAGGAUUUGUACACGUCGGAUAAUAUUUUCCCAUUUUUUUUAAGUUACAAAAUUCUUAGGAAGUUAGCUAGGCUGAAGUCACUCUACUUGCCGAGGGGGAGAGAGCCUUUACUGACAAUUCUGUUGCGAUUCAACGCUGAUGGGCUUCCGUCUCUUGUAGCACUAAAGCAUCAAUCACUUUUUGAGCUUUAUCCGCUUUGAGUUAUUAAUUUUAUUAAGUAGCUGGGGAAAAAAUUGGGGGCAUUCAUUCUCCCCCUCCGCCCAGCCUCUCCCCUUCCGUCCGGCGACCAUUCCUUCUCCCCCUCCAUCCAGCCUCUCCCCGUCUAAGUAAUUCCCUCCCCGGUCUGACUCUCUCGCCCCGCCAAAAACCCUACCUUCUCCGCCAUUCUCCCUCAUCCCAGAACUCCACUCGAGGCUCUUGACUGCAUCCCUCCCAGAUCUCGUCGUGGUGGCUUUAUUGUCCAAUACCCGGCAAGCUUCGGUGAAUAAGUGAGUUCCCAACCUGUAAUUAGAUUAACUUUAACUGUAGUUUGCUAGAGUAGUUUUAGUUCUUCCUCAUUAAUCUUGUUUGCUGAAUAAUAAACUGAAGCUGAGUAA